GUUCUCAGCUGGGACUUUCCUCACUGCCCUCCAGAAAAAAAAGUUGAAUCACUUGGCGCCGCCACGGAGAUGUUCCCCGGUGUCUCCACGGGGAAGGUAUGCGGACCUGUGCGCGGUGGUGGGGCCGCGGUGGUCCCCCAAUCCGCUCGGGAAUAACGUUACUCCUUCUUUUAAUCCCCCCACUUCUCCUCGCACUCCAACUCCUCGUCGUCGGACCACGGUUACCUCCAGCCGCAAGGGUGGGGGAGGGUGAGGAGCCGGAGAACGCGAUUGCAUUUUCCGUUAUUAGCAUCGAACCGGAGAGCAACUCACGCCAGUGGGGAUCCCCGUCCCGGCGACCGGGACUGCAGGAGGAGGAAGAGGUAGAGAUGGAAGAUGGGGAAAGGAGGGAGGGGACACAAGCGUAUGAAGAUGAGAACGAGACGCACUCGCGCCAGAUGGGACCCAGAUCACUGAAGCUGCAGCCGUGGAUGGCGGACAAACCAUCCUUCAAAGCAGAACUUAAUCGGAUCAUCACAUAUAUCACCAGGCCACAGCUCAACUGCUCCAGGGUUUUAUCUCCAGGUCAGGCUCAGGCAUCACAGCACCCUACAGAUUCACCCCACUGGCUGCUGUGUGCUGAGGACUGGCUCCUUCCAGCUGCAGAUAAACCGUGUGUUGCAUACUCCUUUAGUAUGGAUGGGGAAGAUGCAGACUUUCUAAAGACCGUGUCAGGGCUGGGGUGUGAAGUCCACAGUUUUGAUCCCAGCAACUCCAAUGCAUCUGGUGGUCACCUUGGCAACAGUUUGGCCAGUAACCAUGGUGAUGGAGGCGUGGUCAGCCAGCACAAGAUGUGGCUGGAGUGGCGAGCUCCAAGGAAGCGCAGGCAUAAGACGAGAGGCAACCUGGGCGGUGUUUCUCAAACACUGGCAGACAUCAUGGCAGCUCUGGGACAUCACACAGUUCACUUCCUGUAUGCUGACCUGCUCAGUGCUGAGUGGAGAAUUUUCCAGAACUGGAUUGAAUCGGGAACUCUGCAGAGUGUCCAUCAUCUGGUUGUCACUGUGCACCUGCAAUGGGCAGGUUUUGAGGUGGGCGGAAGCGACGAGGAAGUGCUCCGCUAUUGGUACAGCAUCCUACAAGGUCUCCAAGGUUCUGGACUCAAGCUAGUCCACAGCUCUGCGGGAGAAGGUCACAGUGUCCUGAAACGGACAGUAACAAAUGCUCAGAGCUUGUACACGCUCAGCUGGGUCAACACAAGACACUGACACUCACACAUGAAUGGACACAGACUGUGGACACACAUCACCUGACAUUGUGGAUGGCCUCAGCCAAGAAGGAGAAGGUCAAACUUAAAUAGUUUUCACUUUUCUUACAAUGAACUUUUUUCCUGUCGUUACAGACACACACAGUUCUUAAUAUGACACCGCCCUCUAGUGGAGAUGAAAAGAUCUGCCUUUUUGAAGACUCCACCCUCAGAGGGAAAUGUGAUCUUAUGUGCAUAAUAUUGGCUAAUUUGACCAAACUUGGAGCAGAAGGAGGGCUUGCUGAUUUAACUGGACAACAGCAAAAUAAUAUAAUAAUUUGAUCUACACAUUUUCAUUUCUUAAAAAAAAAGUUGAAGCACAGACCUGCGAUUUUAGUAAUACCCUUUCACAUUAAUUUGAUCCACCUGUAGUUUGAAUGUAGUUGAAUUCAGCAGAUUGUUUAAUGUAUUUGUGUACAUCUCUGAAGGCCUUUUGUUUUUAUGUGCAAUAAUUCUUUACAUUGAAGAGACACUUAAAUUAUACCGAGACUGAUAGUGCCUACUGUGAAAAAUAUAGAAAUUUGUCCAUUAUACUGAUGCAUUUUUGCACUCUACUGUGUACUGUAAGAAGUAAACAAUGAAACCAUGUUUUAACCCUGCAUUAAUACCACAAUAAAACACCAAAUAAAACCAAAAA